AUGUUCAAGUAUCGGAUCCGCAUGUUUUUUAAUGAACUGAAGGUCCUGGUGUUUAUGCGAUCCGAUUCGAGACAGUCCGGCUCAGACACAGAUAGACGGUCCACCACCAUGCGGGGUCUGGGGAUGGGCGGCUGCGGCUGGCCGCCCUUCGUCGACUGCCAUGCCCGGGAUGACGAGGAGGAGUACUACGGCAGCGACCCGCGGCCCCGCAGCCUGGCGUUUGAGGACAAGGAGCCCAAGCUGCAAGUGGGCCUGGACGCCGUGUCUCUGGCCAGUACCGCCAGCAGCCUGCGGACCCCCCAGUGCCGGAUCUGUUUCCAAGGCCCGGAGCAGGGGGAGCUGUUGAGCCCCUGCCGCUGUGACGGCUCCGUGCGCUGCACCCAUCAGCCCUGCCUCAUCCGCUGGAUCAGCGAGAGAGGCUCCUGGAGCUGCGAGCUCUGCUACUUCAAGUACCAGGUCCUGGCCAUCAGCACCAAGAACCCUCUGCAGUGGCAGGCCAUCUCUCUGACAGUGAUAGAGAAGGUGCAGAUAGCCGCCAUUAUUCUGGGUUCCCUUUUCCUCAUUGCCAGCAUCUCCUGGCUCAUCUGGUCCUCCCUCAGCCCCUCGGCCAAGUGGCAACGUCAGGACCUGCUCUUCCAAAUCUGCUACGGCAUGUACGGCUUCAUGGACAUCGUCUGCAUAGGCCUCAUCAUCCAUGAGGGAUCAUCAGUGUACCGGAUCUUCAAACGAUGGCAGGCUGUCAAUCAGCAGUGGAAAGUACUGAACUAUGAGAAAUCAAAGGACUUGGGCGACCCGGUGAGUUCGAGCAGCAAGACGGGGGCCCGCGGCUCCCGUGGUAACCCUCACGGUCUGGCCAGCAGCAGCGGCGGGCGACAGAGCAGGAGGUUAAGAACUAUUCUGAACCACCACUGCGGAUACACCAUCUUGCACAUCCUGAGCCAACUGCGGCCCAACGACCCUCGGAUCAGCGCCGCCGCCAACCGGGAGGUGGUGAUGAGGGUCACCACCGUAUGA